AUGCGUCGCUUUGUCUGUAAGCUUGCUACCGGGCUUCCGGUACGCUUCGCCUCCACGACUGCAACAGCAGGUGGUGCGAAGGCCGCCUCUGCUACGGCAACCACUGCUGCCGGUGCCGGGUCAGCUGCCGCUGGCCAGAAGUCUUUCUUCAAGGCGACGGAGAUGAUUGGAUACGUUCACUCGAUUGACGGUACUAUUGCCACGCUGAUUCCAGCCCCUGGCAACCCUGGUGUGGCGUACAACACGAUCAUUCAAAUUCAGGUGAGCCCGACAACAUUCGCUGCCGGUCUGGUGUUUAACUUGGAGAAGGACGGUCGCAUCGGUAUUAUCCUGAUGGACAACAUUACGGAGGUGCAGUCUGGCCAGAAGGUGAUGGCGACUGGCCAAUUAUUGCAUAUCCCUGUGGGUUCAGGUGUGCUCGGCAAGGUGGUGAACCCGCUUGGCCACGAGGUGCCUGUUGGUCUGUUCACACGCAGCCGUUGUCUGUUGAACCAGACAGUGGGUAAGGUGGAUGCCGGCGCCCCAAACAUCGUGUCACGCUCUCCCGUGAACUACAACUUACUUACUGGAUUCAAGGCAGUUGAUACUAUGAUUCCCAUUGGCCGUGGCCAGCGUGAGUUGAUUGUGGGCGAUCGCCAGACGGGUAAGACAUCCAUUGCUGUUUCGACGAUCAUCAACCAGGUGCGUAUCAAUCAGCAGAUUCUGUCGAAGAACGCUGUGAUCUCAAUCUACGUCUCCAUUGGGCAGCGUUGCUCCAACGUGGCGCGUAUUCACCGCCUCCUUCAGUCAUAUGGUGCACUGAGGUACACAACUGUUAUGGCUGCCACUGCUGCUGAACCCGCUGGUUUGCAGUACCUUGCUCCGUACGCUGGUGUGACAAUGGGUGAGUACUUUAUGAACCGUGGCCGUCACUGUUUGUGCGUGUAUGAUGAUCUUUCCAAACAGGCUGUUGCAUACCGUCAAAUUUCACUGCUACUGCGCCGCCCACCAGGGCGUGAGGCGUACCCUGGUGAUGUCUUCUAUCUUCACUCGCGUUUGCUGGAGCGUGCUGCCAUGCUUUCACCUGGAAAGGGUGGUGGUUCUGUGACAGCUCUCCCCAUCGUGGAGACACUCUCCAACGACGUGACGGCAUAUAUCGUGACGAACGUUAUUUCAAUCACUGAUGGACAGAUCUACCUUGACACGAAACUGUUCACGGGUGGUCAACGACCUGCAGUGAAUAUUGGUCUCUCUGUGUCACGUGUCGGUUCAUCUGCUCAGAACGUGGCGAUGAAAGGUGUUGCUGGAAAGCUUAAGGGCAUUCUCGCAGAGUACCGCAAGCUUGCUGCUGACUCUGUGGGAGGACAACAGGUGCAGACGAUUCCCAUGAUUCGUGGCGCUCGUUUUGUUGCACUGUUCAACCAGAAGCAGCCAUCGUACUUCAUGAGUGCAAUUGUCUCAUUGUACGCGUGCCUGAAUGGCUAUCUGGACGACGUAAAAGUACAGUACGUAAAGUUCUAUGAAUAUCUAUUGGUGCACAAGGACCUGAGCAUCAUGUAUGGCUCGGCAAAGAACAAGUUUUUCUACAUGUAUGUGCAGGAGCUGAACUACCUGAUCCGCUUUUUCACUCUGAACAGUCCAAUCUUGCACGGUGAACUGGAGGAGAUGCUGAAGCAGCACACUCAAUUGUUUCUGCAGCACUACCAGUCAAGAAUGAACGCCAUUAAAAGCGAGAAGGAAGUGAAGGCGCUGAAGAACCUUUUGUACUCUUGCAAGCGCGCUGUGUAG